AUGACAAUUAAAGACAGAUUCGGGGAAGAUGGAAAUUCAAGUGAUAUGAACACUUUCAGCAUUUCAGACAAGAUUGGGUUUGCCUCAGCUGCUACUACAACAUUUCAGAUAAGUGAGCCUCGAAGCCAAAGAAAGCCAUCCACGUUCUGUAUUCGAGCAGUCCUCGGCAUCUACCUGCUGCUGCUGACGGCCGCCCAGGGGCUGCUGGCAUAUGAAGUGUUUAAGAUGCAGAAAGAGAUACUGAAAUUUCAAGAACAAAAUACCUCCCAUAUAGAAGAGAUUCUGCAAAGCCCCUUUGCCAACAAAAUGCUUUUGGAGAGAAACUCUGCAGAGAAGCACAUGGGACAUGAAGAAAACUGGAGGAGAAGUUUAGAAAAGGAAAUCACUAUAAUUAAAAGCAGCAAUGCAAACCUGAUGGUGAUGAUGAACAACAUUAGCCAGGUUGCAGGAUCUCCUGGACGCAAAGGAGAACCUGGUCCACCAGGGCUACAGGGACCACCGGGGACAAAGGGAGACCGAGGAAUUCAAGGCUUACAGGGACUGCAGGGUGCGAAGGGGAGCAAAGGAGAUCCUGGUCCUGCUGGCCCGAGUGGUGCACCAGGAGUAAGAGGAGAAAAAGGAGAGACAGGGCUUGCAGGUCUCCAAGGACAGAAGGGUGAAACAGGCAUGAAGGGAGACCCCGGGCCCCCUGGACCCAUGGGUCCUCAGGGACAGCAGGGAGUCCCAGGACUGCCAGGUUUCAAUGGUAGCACGGGUGAGCCUGGACGUCCUGGGCAGAAAGGAGAGGCAGGAGUAACUGGACAACGUGGACCUGCAGGAACUCCUGGCCUCGAAGGCAGACCUGGUCAGAAAGGGGAGAAGGGGGACCAAGGGCCCAGUGGUAGUCCAGGAACAUCAGGCAUUGCAGGACCCAAAGGUGAAAAGGGAGACAGAGGAGAAACAGGUCUUCCAGGGCAAAAGGGAACAAAGGGAGACCAGGGCCCAACAGGCAGUCCAGGCAUAACUGGUCAAAAAGGAAGCAAGGGUGAUGCUGGCAGCCAAGGUCCAAAAGGAGGACCAGGAGUAAAAGGAGAAAAGGGAGACCGUGGACUCUCUGGUUCUCCAGGAAUGAAAGGGAGCAAAGGUGAAAAGGGAGAAGGCAACUUCAAUAAUUUCAUACGAAUAGCGGGAGGGGGCAGGAGGGGCCGCGUGGAAAUCUUUCACCAAGGAACCUGGGGAACAAUAUGUGACGAUGGCUGGAGCACUCAAGAUGCCAGUGUGGUCUGCCGAAUGCUGGGAUACAGCCGUGCGAUCUCUGCCUUCACAGCCACAGCAGGCACUGGACGGAUUUGGCUUGAUGAUGUGAAUUGCCGUGGGAAUGAAUAUUCAAUUUUCGACUGUCCAAAGCCUGACUGGGGUGUGAACAACUGUUCCCACAGCGAGGAUGCUGGCGUGGAGUGCAUUUGA